AGUACCUGAGGCACAGUUCAACCCUGAGGUAAUUGUUGUACAAUUGCAUCAUCAGAUCUGUCAUUUGACUCUCUUUUUUAUACUUCAGAAUAAUUUGGGGCGUUUAAAUAUGUUGUGGUUUCUAUUUACUUUGUCAGCAUUGUUUGUUACUGGAAAUUAUGCAAACACUGUGAACGUAUCGGUAUACUAUGAGGGCCUCUGCCCAUUUUCCGUACAGUUUUUCAAAGAACAGUUCAAUCCAUCUUACGACGAACUUGAAUCCAUCAUGAACCUCGACUUGGUACCUUUUGGAAAGGCAAAUAUCACGGAGGAAGAUGGAAAAUUGAGUUUCACAUGUCAACAUGGGCCGGCUGAGUGUUACGGAAGUAAGGUACAUUCUUGUGCUCUAGAUUUGGCCCAAGGAGAUCAAGGAAUAAGAUUCGUAAUGUGUUCGAUGGCAUCUCCGGAUGCUACUGCUGACGAAUUUUCGAAAAAGUGUGCAGAAGAUAACAAUAUCAGUUGGGAUGACAUACAAAACUGUUUAAAAUCCGGAAAAGCCGAUGAGUUGCUUGCUGCAAAUGGCAAAAAAACGUAUUCUUUGAAACCAAAACUGGCUCACGUGCCGACAGUAGUAUUGGACAACAAUUUUCAAGAAAUACUCAGCACUAUCGCCAGAAAUUCCUUCGAGAGUUUCGUAAACUUCAUCUGGGAUGACACUAAAUGUUAUUGGUGCAAUAAAUAGCAAUUUUAUGUUUAAAUUUAUUUUCGGAGGUUUCCAGUUGAAUUGCAGUAAAUAAACUUUUUGAAGAUUA